UGAUUUCUAUAUUUGUUUACAGCUAGAAAAAAUAUCAUUCCAUUCAACAGGUGAGGAAUACUUUAUAAUGUAACAUUCUAUCGCAUUCUUGUUGUCUUGGGCUAUAAAAAAUCCUGUCAGAUACAGCCAUCAUCUUCACAACGUCUUACGCCGGGCUUUCGUAUGUUGGAACAUGAUUUGAUUAUUAUCAUUUUUUUUUUUUUGCUCGGUAAGAUUAGUUUCCAUAUGGGGUAGAUUGACAGCCGUUUUCGUUUUUGUAUAUGUAUCUGCUGAAGUAAGUGAGCGCGUGCCUAAUUUAGCCAAAGUUUUGGCAAGUACAUGUGAAAUACCACUGGUUUAAUUUGUGCGUAUUCGGUUGGGGCAGCCUAACUAACCGAUAGAUAAAAACCGAACGAUCAUUUAAACACGCUGGAAAAUUUAGGAUGUGAAUUAUGAUUCAGUUUUAUGAACGGACGCAUGUUAUUUAGCCGUCUAAGAAGUGUCACAACGUUGUUUGAUUCAUCUGUUUAUGCAUGCAAACUCCUUAAAAGGAUUUUAAAACUUGUCUUAAAACUCGCAGUGUUUUAUACUCGGCUGAGUCAUAGCGCUAGAACAAAAGCUCCAAGAAAAACUGAAAAGGCACCGAACUGAAAAAACCCUUGACUAUAAUUGUUUCAAAACAAAAGGUGCCACAGAUUUCUUUUUUUCCCACAAAAGAGUGUUCUGUUAAUAGAGCCAGUUUUUUCAAUUUUAUUGUUGUACCUUGAGUUCAAAGUCUUUCACGAAAUAAAGUCCGAUAAACUCAGGAUGGUAGCUGUAAACAUCCAUGCAGUAUUGUAUCUGGUGAAAUGAACUUUAAAAAGCAAAACACUUUUAAAGCAUAUCUCUAAUGUUUUAAAGAUUAUUUUACUUGUUCAGCACGCUCGUUUGAUGCAUUAUCUCGAGAAUUAGUCUCGCACCACCAAGCUGGUAUUGACGCCAUAGCUGUUAGCAUUCAUUGUUGCAUGAGAAACUGGUGAAACGAUUUCGCGGUUUCAGAUAAAUUGUUUACAUUUCACUUAGGCAAGUCCAUUGAUGAUGAAAAUCGCUGGCAUCAUGAAUGAUAUUUAUUUUUUUCGUUACAAGAACUUGUUGAUCACUGACCGUUUGGUGGUAAAACCUUGUUGACUCUUUUGUCGCAAAUUUGCUCGAGUAAAAACAGAUUCCCGCCUCUUGACUUAUGUGCGCCGCUUGAACUCACGAUACGAAGCAAAAAUCAAAGGGUAGUCGCAACUCUUACGUAGUCGCCCUUGGUAAAAUUAUGCUUAAACUGCCAUAACAUGUAAAAUUAGCAGGGUGCCUUUUUAAGUAUUUCAAUUCUAAAUUUAACGUGCUUAUGAGUGUUUCUCGAGUCUUUGAAGCAACAUAACAAAAUCAUUCUAAUUGCGUUCGUAGACAAUUUUUAAUUUUGUUUUAUUAACUACGUGUACAUGUUGAAAAAUAAAAUAAGGCAAAAUGACAAAAGGGCACAAUUGAGAGUCAGGAAAUAAAGUGGUUUGAAUGAGAAAUUAGUGAUUUUAAUAGCUGCAGUUAGCCGGAACUGACGCCACAUUUCUGCUGGGAAUUCCAACUCGUCGGUGGGUUUGAUUGUCAUAUGCUGAAAACGGAUAAUUUAUUAAACAACUGAAGGGAAGAAUCUAGAGAUAACACUGAAUUUCAAAAAGAAAACUUUUAACAUAUCAUUCACCAAAGUUAUUUGGUUUGUAUUUGUACAGAUCCUUCUAAUCCUUCAAUUCAGAGAAUACUGAAUUAAAAGCACUGUAUGAUAAAAGGAAAUGCAAUUUCAGAGGUUAAAAAUGUUUUAAAGUAUGAUCAGCUGGAAGUUUUGAGUAUAAACUCCACUCACGAAGUCACACAGUGUUAAAAUACAUUUUCUUUGCUUGCACUCUGGAUCGUACUAUCGAUUUCCGCCUUUCGUAUACAAGCCUCCGCCUCUCUUUUUGCGAUAGAAGUUGGACCGAUAAGCGAAGCCCGGUUAUAAACCUGCUUAUCCCCCUUGGAUGAGUUCUCUGUUGCGCGGAAAAGCGAUUGAAGCGCGUGUCCUGGGUCUAUUAAGGUGAUGUUACACAGAGACGAUUUGCAACGACGAUUUUCAUCGCAACACAACGUUGCUGUUUUGAACAAUGUUGCAACCAUUCGAAACAAUGUUGCAACAAUGUUGUAAUGCUGUGUUGCGUUAAAAAUCGUCGUUACAAAUCGUCCCGUGUAACAUCACCUUAAACGGAGAGGAAAUCUAUCCCAAAAACAAGCCGACUUAUUUUUUUUUUGCUAUAGUACUUGGGCAUCUGGCGUAAAGUAAAGUCACUCAGAUUGUCUCCUCCCAUCUAUAAGCCAAGUUGUUUCUAUAUUGCACUGUAUUGAAGGCAAAUUGUAGUUUUUUUCCCCAAUGUAUCAAAUUCGCAGUGGACCUUAUUUAGAGGAACGAUUUUGAGCGGCAGUUUAGCUGAAGCACAGAGAACCCAGGGACUUUAAGACCGUUUGGCUCAUUCUGCCGAAAUUUGUAAGAAAUGUGUAGGAAUACUCAAUAAGUUGCCAAGAAUCCCUGCGAUGAAUUUUCAGCUUUAUUUAUUGGCCUAUCCUUUAUUACUUAUUACGGCUGUUCUUUUUCCAGUGGAAACUUCGAAUUUCAGCGAUUUCCGAAGGUCUUCCAACGCAAUGAGACGGCCUCAAAGUGAAUAUUCAUCGAUAGCUGCUGAUACAAAGUUCCCACGCAUUUCUUUUAAAAUUCAUACGGACCAAUAGUCGCCGGUUUUUCAUUUGUAUGAGCACCUUUUGUCUGAAGUUAAGAGAACUUAAUAACUGUUUUAAUAAGAGUUGCAUGCCGCAUUCUGAAACUGAAAUUUGAAAAAAAUGGGCUACUCAGUAACUGCUUGACUGAGAACUGAGGCCUGGUUCAGACGCCGUACUUUUCAUGUGCCGAACCUAACUGAAUAAGUUCGACUUUGGAGCGACACUGGCGCGACAUCUGAUUCAGACGGCGUACCGUGUGUCGAACCUAAGUUAAGUUCGACAAAAGUUCGACAGACUCUGUCGAACUUAACGCUUUUGCCACACCAAACUAAAACUGCCGUACCAAAUUGAUUCAGACGCCGCAUAUACAAAAAAAGCAAACUGUUAUGCGUUGUUAUUAAGAGAUAAACGUGCCUUAAUACAUUUACUCACUGUGCGGCAAACUUGAGUAAAUCCAUUUUAUUGACCAGUGUCACAAAUCUUGAACGUAAAGAAAAUAACAAUGAAAACGGCUUGUCGUUGUUUGAAUUUUGAUGCAAAACUACCCGGACAGCCCAUUGAACGUUUUACUGAUAAAUAAAAGUUGAUCACUUUAAAAGGGUGUUGAUUUCCGCACAUAAAAUCAAAGUCAAAUUAUGAGGGAGGCCUAUAAAUACUGGUUGCUUUAUAAGGUUACUUGUAAUUCUUGACCUAGCAGCCAACGUUCUCCUAAGCACUAAAUUUAGCAGUGAGUUGACGUUUACUGAUUCUCCGAUGCUGUCCCUGGCCAAUAUUUAAUAGCAUCAAUUGCACGAGUUCCUCUUGGUAUUUGGAAACUAAUUGCAUCGUUCAAAAACGCAUGGCGCAGCCUCCAUUACACUGACAUUCGAUACCGGGGGUGGGGGGGUACUGCCAUAUAUGGGCUAUAUAGGUAUGUGCCGCUGUGAAGGGUAUGGUCUUCAAGCAGUUUACUCUAGGAUAGAGUGUAUAAAUCAGAGCGUUUGGGUCCAGAAUAGGGUAUCAUUUUUCAGUAAACUGAUCAGUUGGUUGAAGAUUUUAUCUAGACUAGGUACACAGCUACUCUAGGAUAGGGGGAUUUGGGGAGUUUACUCUAGUAUAGGGUAGCAAAAUUCAGCUGAACUAGCUCUGGUAAAGGUUAAGGGUUCCAUGCUCCCAGCGGCACAUCCCCACCCAGAACUUCCUAAAGUACCCCCCCCCCCGGGCAUUCGAUCGAGAAAGAACAAAAAUCGUAAUGCCUCCGACCCUCCGGCGAUGUGAAAAAGAAUUUUCUCUCGGUUCAACCUUAUGAUAAAAAGGUGGAAGCCAUCCCACCGGCUUCAAACAAAAACCAGACAACAAACCAACUAGCCUGCGAACGGCAGACGUUUCUCCUCGCUCAUCGCGCUGAAGCUACAAACCAGCUGACCGAAAGCAUGUACCGUGAAGACACUGAAACAGGUAAAUUUCACUGAUUUGAACUGCAACUCUUAUAAUUCUAUGCUUUUAUCUUCUUUUCUAGCACGAUGAACGGCUGUGUCAAAUUUCUUCUUCUGAUGUACAUUGUAGUCGGCUUUGUACAAGUAAACUUCUCUGCUGGUAAACAAUAUGACAUCAAACAUUGCUGGGGGCCUUACGAGUUUCACAAGCUUUUGGAAAACCAUUGCUCGUUUCACGUUGGUAAACGCAGUAUAAGAAGGGAAGGUAUGAAAUAAGUUUCUAAAUCGUAACUUCGGUCUGCCAUAAGCCUGUAGAAAUGUGGUUUAAUUGCGGUCGACAAGAGGAGCCCGCAGAUAAUCUCCAGGUUGUUUUACGCAUGCGUCGCAUGUAUGUAGCCAACAUCACUUUCUGCUCGUAAUAGGCCUUGUUGUGUAAUUUGAAUGUGGCACUGCCGUCUAAUCUGGCCUUCUCCCGGAAAAGAGGAAGGCAGCAGUGGCCGAUGGGGGGGGGGGGAUGGGGGGAUGGGGGGGAUGGGGAGGGGAGUUGGGCGUGGUUGGCUGCUGUCUAGAAACAACAGCAAUUCUAAAUUCAUUUAUGCCCUUGCCACCCAUUUGUACUCAAUCUAUCAUCAAUUCACAAUGCUGGUUUGUUUGUUUUCAGACUUGGUAAAAUCAAAAAUAGAAGCCAAUGGCUUUCUCAAUAAAUUAGCAAGAAGAGAAUCCGACCUUGCUGAAGCACAAAGAACGACCUACACUGAAGAAUGUUGUUUCGAGGGAUGCAAAGUAGAGGAAAUAGCAGAAUAUUGCGGGCAUUUACUUUAAAAAUAAUUUAGAAUCCGACCUAGUGAGAAAACUAAUAAUUUAAAAAGUGUCUACUUUGUCAUUGUGGCCGUAAGCAUAUGUGGUAGUACGACUAUAUCACACUUAUCAAGCUACGUUGGUGCCAUGUUUAGAUCAUUUUUCAUUCGGCAGCCUGAGAUAAAGGAUGUGAUGCAAGCUACUGGGCUGUAAAAUGUGGUUAACAUCUACGGCCCUGUUGAUAAUAAAAAUGUAGAUGAAUAAAUAAAUGGGUAGG